UUCGAAGGUGAAGGUCGAUUUUAAGAAAGACGACAGCUUUUACUUUUCUGAAAAAAUGAACAAAAAGAACUGUGAAUAUUAUACCUAAAUCAUGGCAAAGAAAAGAACAGUAGGAAAGAUAACAUGGGCUCCCCGGAAACAUCACUUAAAAGAGAAUGGGGCGAACUCUGGUUUUGGUUCUCCAAGUGUCUAUCAUGCGCUGAUAAUCAUAUUUUUAGAAUUUUUUGCCUGGGGAUUGUUGACAUCUCCUAUCAUUAUGGUAUUGAAUCAGACAUUUCCUAACCAUACGUUCCUGCUGAAUGGACUAAUACAAGGUGUAAAGGGAAUGUUGUCAUUUUUAAGUGCUCCAUUAAUUGGUGCUUUAUCUGACGUUUGGGGAAGGAAGAUAUUUCUUUUGUUAACAGUGACAUUUACUUGUCUCCCUAUACCAUUGAUCUCUAUUAGUCCCAUGUGGUAUUUCACUAUGUUGUCUUUGUCCGGUUUAUUCUCUGUAACAUUUAGUGUUGUAUUUGCAUAUGUGGCAGACAUCACAUCAGCCGAGGAGAGAGGUCAAGCAUAUGGACUGGUGUCAGCAACAUUUGCUGCCAGUUUAGUAACCAGUCCAGCAUUAGGAGCCUACCUAGAGAAUGCUUAUAGUUAUAAUUUAGUUGUAUGGCUAGCCACAGCUGUUGCCAUAUUAGAUGUAUUGUUUAUAUUAUUGUUUGUACCAGAAUCUUUACCAGAGAAGAUUAGACCAGUUAGUUAUGGUUCUCAGAUCUCAUGGGAGCAGGCUGAUCCAUUUGGAGCAUUAAAGAGAAUAGGUGCAGACAAGUUAAUAUUAUUAUUAUGUUGUACAGUAUUUUUAUCAUAUUUACCAGAAGCAGGGGAAUACUCAUCAUUUUUUGUUUAUUUACGAUUAGUAAUGAAUUUUUCUGCAGAAGAAGUUGCAUCAUACAUUGCUUUAGUUGGCGUCUUAUCUGUUGUUGCUCAAACAUUAAUAUUGACAUUUUUAAUGAGAUAUUUAGGCCAUAAAGCUUCUAUCAUGUUUGGUUUGGUGUUUGAAAUAUCACAGUUAAUCUGUUAUGGUUUUGGCUCACAAACAUGGAUAAUCUGGAUGGCUGGUUGUAUUGCUGCUAUGUCCAGUGUAACUUAUCCGGCCAUCAGUGCAUUCGCAUCAGAACAUGCUGCUCCUGACCAACAGGGUGCAGCACAAGGACUUAUAACUGGAAUUAGAGGGUUAUGUAAUGGACUUGGUCCAGCAGUGUUUGGAUGUAUUUUCUAUUUGUUUGGAGUAGAUUUAAAUGAAGAGAAUGAUACUAAAUCAGCAAAUGCGUCUCAUGUUCAUGAUGCCUUUAAGGAGAUGGUUCCAGGACCCCCAUUUGCCUUUGGUGCAAUAUUAGUUAUAAUGGCCUUUCUUGUGGCCAUUUUUAUUCCAGAAGAUCCACAUUCAUCAUCCAUUGCAGGCAGGAAAAAGUCUGCCAAACUAAAUGAGUCUUUCAACAAUGGUUCAGGUGAUGUUAAAAUAGAAGCUGAACCCUUAUUACUAAAUGACAAUAAUUUAUAGCAGUGACCUAAAUCCUUGUGUGCAAUCAAGUGGAAUAUAUGUUGUGAUGCUUCAGUGAACUUCCAUACGAUUCAUCCUUGACAUUAGUGAUUCUAGUAGCAAGAAGUUGCUUCUGUCAAUUUUUACAUUGUUAUUAUUCAAUAUAACGAGACCAAUGAUCACUACAUUAUGAUGAUGUAUUUUUGUAAAAUUUUUUGAUUUUAUGACAAUCAUUUCAGCUAUACCCUUCAUAGUUUGUAAUAUGUGAACUGAAUGGCUUUAAAAAUAUUACACAGAAAAAGAUGAUGUGUAAAAAAGUGAUAAGUCUUCACACAUAAAGCUUUACUGGACAGAAGUAAAGGUUGCAUUAUUCAAUGCUUUAAAUGAUAGACUGUUGCUUAACUGCAUAGUGAUACAUACAUUAUAGAUAUGACAAAUUAUAUUUAAAGCAUCCUAUCAUUAAUGCUCCAUUUUAUCAUUUUAUAAUAUCACCAAGAAUGUUUUUUUGAAAUGGAAAAUUUUCUGCUGUGUAUUAAGAUAUUUUCUUAAAUUUUGUAAUUAAAAAUCAAAAUGACCUUAACAUUUGCUGAUAUUUUUUUCAUUUUUAGUCUCAUUUGACUAUGGACAGGUACACAUGAUUAUUCAUUAGCACAUGUUAUACCUGGCUUGAUUGUGAUGUGUAUAUCAAAUGUAUUGUCCUGUUCUGUGUUCAUCUUUCUACCUCUAUAGGAAAAUAUAUAAAUGAAAGAUUACUUGAAAAUCUUUUGUUUUCUGUACAGUAGAACCUUAAUUCAUUGAAUAUAGCAACUUCUUUUUGAUUUACUGGUGUAACAUAUCUUUCACUAAGCUUCAUUGAUGAAUGUUAAAUUGUAUUUCGAAACUCUAAUCACUUUCAUAACUAGUGCUAUUUUCAUAAAUCAGAGUUUGAUUUCAAUGAAAGAACCCUAUUCAUGCUAUUUACAUUGAAUUUAUAAAUUUGAAUGUUUAAAACAUUAUUAGAUUAUAAGUUUUAAAAUAAAUUUCUUUGAAAUAAUGCUGCUUAUGUUUGACUUGUUGAAUGUUAUUGUCAUCAGAAAGCUUUAAGAUAUUUUAAAACUGUUAUAGAACAAUCAGACUGAUUGAGAAAAUCAGUUAUAUUUUAAACAGAAAGUCAUUAGGUUUUUUAAAUGCAUAUUACUCCUUUUAAAAAAACAUUGGUUUAUGUAUCUGAGAACAUGGAUAUGGAUAUUUAUGUCAUUAUGUUUAAAUAACUCAUAUCAAUCUCCACAUUUCUAUUUCAUCUGUUACUUUAGCUUUAAUAUCAUUUUCCUAUCUGUUAACAUCAACACAGUCAUCAACUGAAUAUCAUAUGUAGUUUAACAAAUACUCAUCCAUUUCUUUUCAAAAAUUUAUUGAUUAAAGUCUUUAAAACAGACUUAAUAGCAAAUAUGAGUUGCUGUCUUAUUUAUGAAUACUCUGUAUACUAUUAUUCAAGUGAUACAUAUGAGUCCGUCAUUGAGCUCAUGCUCUGGAGACAAAAUGGAAGUUUUUGAAUUAAGGCUUUUUCUCAGAAAUCAUACAAGGUACCGUAGGUCUUUUUCACCGAUUUAAGACCUUUUGGUGGUCUGCAGCUGUUUUCUGCUCUUUGGUUCAGUUGUUGUCUCUUUGACACAUUCCCUAUUUCCAUUCUCAAUUAUACUAUUUGAUAUGUUAAUUUAUUAUAGGGAGUGUAUGUUGAACUUUCAGAUCUCAUGAGCUUGAAAUACUAGUUAUAGAAGCAUUCAAAUUUUACUUCUUCAGCAAUUGAAAUAUUUUUACACAUGCAUACAAAUAUUUUCAUUGAAAUAGUAACCAAACAAUUUCAAAAUCCUGUAAAAAAUCUAGAGGUCAAUGCACUCUCUACAAGAUAAGAGGAGUAUCAAUUGCCCAAAUGCUAGAAUAGUUGAGAAUAAACUGGACCGAGACUAUAAAAAAAUCAGACAUCACAUCAAAGUCCAUGAUAGACAAAAACAUUAAGAACCAACUUCAAUUGACAAUGAUCCUGACUUGACAACAGUCUGCUGAUUCUUAAAUCAAUCUUGUUUCUAGAUUUUUGAUACCUCAUAGAACACCAGAUUUUAAAGUUAAAGUCUACCCAUGGCCCUUUAAACACCCUUUUUAAUGAUUUUAAGCCAAGUUUUGAUAGAUCUUUAUUUUCAAUUUUUUAAACAUUAUUCUGAUAAAAAAAAGUAUGAGAGAGUUUAGAGCAAUUUGUAAAAUAGUGUAGUUAUUACGGAUAUAGAAAUUUUCAAUUUACUCAGUCACUGCUGUAAUUAGUCACGAAAAUUCUUACUUUGUUGUUAAAUUACAAGCUUUUAGCCACUUAAAAAAUACAUUAUAGGACAAAUUACAUCCACACUGUCUGGGAUGUCAUGAUUUAACAAAUUGUAUUGUGUCCAAUAAGUCAAAGCAAACAUGCAGAAAUACCAUCUCUCUCUCACACUAAUGUAUCUAGUACAAUCACUACUGUAGCUGUGUUAUAAACUCAGAAAAAAACUAUUAGCCAUUUUCGAAUUUAAAUAAAUCGCUACUAAAAGAUUGAUAUGUCACAGGUUUGGUGAGUCAAUUGGACACUUCAAAACUUUUUAAAAGCUGAAGGUAAUGUCAUAGGGGAGUAAGUCUACACAAAAAAGGAAAGAAAAUGUCAUAUUAGUAGAAUGAUAUAUAUUUUCGGUGUAAAAAAAGCACUUUAAAAAAAAAAAAAAAAAGGCAGAGAAAGCUUUUUCUUGAAUAAGAAAUUGAAAUGAAGUUUAUAUAUUAUCCAAAGGAUUUAAGUUGACUUUUGAUUGAAAAAGUGGAUAGAAUUUAAAAAAUACAUGUUGGUUUUCCUGUUUGAAUGGUUUUACACUAUUCAUUUGGGGCCCUUUAUAGCUUGCUGUUCUGUGUUAGUCAAGGCUCUGAGUUGAAGACUGUUCUUUGACACGUCACAUGAUAUAUAACUUUACAUAAGACUUGUAAGAUUACACUUGUGCCAAGUUUUAUUCUGUAGUAUUAUAUAUGUGUAUGUAUUGUAUGUUAAAAUACUAUUAGGUGCUUAUGUCUGCCUUAUUUAUGAAAUAUAAAUUCAUUUGAUAUAUUUGUGAAAUAUAAAUUUUGAAAUAAAGUUUUUAUUUAAUUAAAACAAUAUACAUGUAGGUAAGGGGUCAUUGGGUUUUCUGAGCUCAUUUAAAAGUAUGAUUCUACUCAUAUUUCUUUGAGAUAAUGUCAUAAUGUUAGUUUUUAAUUGUUUAGCAUUUUGAAUGUUUGAUGCUGCACUGUGAUAAUUAUCUGGCAUUUUAUAUAUAGUUUAGACAGAGAAAUAUACAUGUCUCUGGUUAUAGUAAGUUAGGUAGUUAGUUAGCUUUUUAUUACUCAUACAGAGUUAUUAAAAAAAAUACAUAAUUUAACAAGAAUAUUAAAAUGAUGUACUCGGCAAUUAAGCAAAUGAAAGUAUAUAUAUUUCUUUGUCCUGUUUUUCGUCUUGUCAAGAGUACAAAAGUGGAUAUACAUUGAUUAGAAUUUUUCAACGGGAGUAUAAAAAAAACUUGCUGUAAAGUGUAAUGUAGAAUGAAGAAUUAUCUGUUUUUAUUAUAUA